UCUUAUUAGCUAUUUACCAAACUGUACCAGCCAGGCAGGCGUUCACAGUGUUCUUGUUUCUGUUGGUACAGACUUGAGGACCAGUUGAACACAUUAACCGACUUGUGGUUUUGUUUACUUAUUAAACGGUUAAGUAGGGAGUGUGAGAACAGCGCAGCUAGCCGGGUACCAGAGCAGGCUAGUGAAUGUGUUUGUGUGGUAUCGCCGGGUUAGCUCGAUAGCUAGCUGAGCAGCGACAAAGCCAGGAGGAGGAAUGAACCAUAAGAGUAAGAAGAGGAUUAAAGAGGCGAAACGGAGCGCCAGACCCGAACUGAAGGAUUCAUUAGACUGGAUAAAACACGGUUAUCAUGAGACUUUCGACCUGUCACACCGCACCGUCAAGGACAACGUAGAGCGCGUGGACGCCCUCCACCUCAGUCCUGAAGGGUUCAUCCAGCGCUUCGAGCGGCCCUACAAGCCCGUCGUCCUGCUGAACGGCCAGGCGACCUGGCCCGCCCGAGAGAAAUGGACUCUGGAGCGCCUCAAACGCAAAUACCGCAACCAGAAGUUCAAGUGUGGGGAGGACAACGACGGAUACUCGGUGAAGAUGAAGAUGAAGUACUACGUGGAGUACCUGGAGAGCACCAGGGACGACAGCCCGCUCUACAUCUUCGACAGCAGCUACGGUGAACACGCCAAACGCCGGAAGCUGCUGGAGGACUACCAGGUCCCCGUCUUCUUCAGGGACGACCUGUUCCAGUUCGCAGGAGAGAAGCGCAGACCGCCGUACAGAUGGUUUGUGAUGGGCCCGGCUCGCUCCGGCACCGGCAUCCACAUCGACCCGCUGGGCACCAGCGCCUGGAACGCCCUGGUUCAGGGUCACAAGAGGUGGUGUCUGUUCCCCACCAACACACCCCGAGAGCUGAUCAAAGUGACCAGAGAGGACGGAGGCAACCAGCAGGACGAGGCCAUCACCUGGUUCAACGUGGUCUAUCCCCGAACGCAGCAGCCCAACUGGCCCCCGGAGUUCACGCCGCUGGAGAUCCUCCAAAAACCCGGGGAGACCGUUUUUGUGCCUGGUGGAUGGUGGCACGUCGUCCUCAACCUGGACACGACAAUCGCAGUGACUCAGAACUUCGCCAGCACGACCAACUUCCCCAUCGUGUGGCACAAAACAGUGCGAGGACGACCCAAGCUCUCCAGGAAGUGGUAUCGCAUCUUGAAGCAGGAGAGGCCCGACCUGGCGGCGCUGGCGGACAAAGUGGACCUGCAGGAGUCGACGGGCAUCGCAUCAGACAGCUCCAGUGACUCUUCGUCAUCAUCUUCCUCCAGCUCGUCUGACUCCGACUCUGAUGCGGAGUCCGGCUCCGAGGGCGACGCCAUGUCCCACCGCAGGAAGAAGAGACGCACCUGCGGCAUGACGGCCAACGGAGACACCAGCAGCCAGGACGACUGCGUCAGCAAGGAGAGGAGCUCGUCUCGGUGACCUCCGGCCUCCGUCCGACCCCCCUCCCCCUCCCCCCAGCGG